AUGAUAAGGAUUAAGACGACGGGAACUUUACGUGACAUCCUGACGAAGUCAGAUCAGAUCCGGGUUUUGCAAAAUCCAUCAUCAACAAUUGGCGCCGUCUGUGGGAACUUAUUUUUGUUCUCUAAACAAAGCAUGGUUCGUUUGCGAUCUAGUCUGGUUGCUGGCGAGGACGAAACGUUGCAGGCUCUUGGAGAUACUUCUAGUUAUGUUGGUGACAAGACUGAGGAUGUCACUCAUCUCGAUCUAGAGAUGCAGGAUCUGAAAGCUAGGGUUGACGAUGUUAUGCAAACGAUUCAAGGGAAGGGCCAAGCUGCAGUGAACGAUAUGGUACAGAAGACCAACCUAGCUUUUAGACUAGCUGUUAUGAGUUGUCCUCUACCUAGCAAAUUCAAGAUGCCAACUAUUGAGAACUUCGAUGGGACGCGGGACCCUCUCGACCAUUUAGAGACCUACAAAGCUCUUAUGUAUUUGCAAACCGUACUGGACGAGAUUAUGUGCAGGGCUUUCUCUACCACACUAAAGGGUUACGCUCGUCUCUGGUUCAAUAAAUUAAAGCUAGGUUCCAUUGAAAACUUUGAAGAGUUAAGCAAACAAUUUAUAGGACAUUUCAUUAUUGGGCAAAAGCAUAAGAGACCAGCAACACAUUUACUGAAUGUGAAGCAGCAGAAGGGAGAGCCUCUUCGUGAUUACAUAAGUCGUUUUAACACUGAAAUGCUGCAAGUAGAAGAGGUGGACGACAAGGUUGCCCUCACAGCCUUUAUAGGAGGACUACAGACUUCGAAGUUCCUAUUUUCCUUAUCAAAAGAAGCCCCUACGAGCAUGACAGAGUUAAUGGUUAGAGUGCGGAAGCACAUGAAUGCUGAGGAUGCUAUGAAUGCACGAAAAAACAAAGAUGGUGAAGAUAAGAGGUCGGAUAAAAAGAGGUCAACACCUAACACUAGGGAGGAAAGGGAAUCGAAGUACAAGAAAUUCUCAAAUAGCCAAGCUGACAGAUCGUCUCGCCGUCCAGUGAGCCCAGGCAGGUUUAAUAACUACACCCCCCUAAAUACAUCUGUAGAGCAGGUCUUUCUGCAGAUUCAAGAUGACACAUCAUUGAAAUGGUCGCCAAAGCUAAAAGCUGAUCUAACAAAGAGGUCUUGA